UCUCUGAUUGGCUGUUUGACUGGGCUGAGGCUAUCAACAAUAGAUAUCAAGGAAGUAAACUUCCGUGGUCAACCUGGGAAGACUUUAUCAAACAAACGUUAAUCGAGCAGGACAAGCAAGGUGUUGGACGCUCCCUCCAGCUAAUGCGAACAAAAUGGCGAGUAAUCUCGUCUCAAAGUUAAUUCGUCCCCAUACGUUCACACAGCUGGCGCGGCUCCGGUCGGUCUGCGUGCCUCGGCAGAAGGCAGCGGGGGUCCGGCUGUUGUCCAGCGAUGCGCCACCGGAGAACAUCAGUCGCUAUCCAGUACCGUACAAGAAAGAUUUGCCUUAUGAUAUUGUAGAGCUCAUGGAUGAAGUGGAGUCAAAGGGGGGCUUUUUGCCCAAUGUCUUCAAAGCCCUUUCUCAUAGACCAGCAGAGUUCAGAGCCUUCUUUGCUUACUACAAUGAGCUGAUGAACAAAGAGACAGGCGGAUUGACCAAGGCCGAUCGUGAGCUGAUUGUAGUCGCUACCAGUGUCCACAACAAAUGUCUUUACUGUGUGGUAUCCCACAGUGCACUGCACCGCAUCUACUCUAAGAAAACUACUCUUUCUGACCAGGUUGUUGUUAACUACGAGAAUGCAGAGCUGUCACCCCGGGAGACCGCCAUGCUGGACUUUGCGAUGGCUGUGUGUCGCAGCGACACCGUUACAGAGCAACAUUUCCAGGCUUUGGAGGAAGUGGGCUUUGACCGCGAGGAUGCGUGGGACAUCGCUGCCAUCGCUGCUUUCUUCGCCAUGUCCAACCGACUCGCCCACCUCACCGACAUGAGGCCAAAUGUAGAGUUUUAUAACAUGGGUCGUAUACCAAAGGACAAGAGUAAGGACAAAGUGAAAGGGAAGUAGCAUUACAGACAAGGUCUUUGGCAUUUUAGUAAAUGCCUCAAAUCAAUCAAAAGUCUCCCGUUUUUUGCCGGUCCUCCACUUUGAGCAAAGCAUGUCAACUUGAGGAUUUUGCAAACUUCCCCUCAGUAGAUGUCAAUGUUGCUCAUUUACAUGACCAAGAAGCACGAGAGAGACCCUCUGACUUUGAUUUAUACCUUGAUGUGGCAGACAUGAUUUGUGUCUAAUCUAAAGAAUCUUUGAUUGUGUGACUUUGACAUUUUGAAUUGUAGGUGGCUUUGGUUGCCAUCCAUAUAUUGGGGAACAGUUGCUUUUUUGCUGCUGGGUGUCCAUUGGAUAUAAAUUACUGAAAUAGUUGUCUUCUAACUUUCAUGUUUGUGUUUUCUGAAACCUAACAACCCAAAACAACAAUCUCUUUAUUUCCUUGUUCUGUGCUGCUCAAUGCAUUGUUACAGUUUCUAGGGAAUAGUGUAAAUAAGUUACUGAUAUUGCUCACCAAAAAAAGCCUUUCCUUUAUCCUUUUUAAUAAACUAUUUAUCUUCAUAAUAUGAAA